GAGGGGAGAGAGGGGCCGGACGCUGCCACCUGAUCCCGCAGAGCUGAAAAUUGGGGCCCUGCGGGGGUGAAGAGGGGGCUUCUGCAGCCCCCCAGAGCCCGACAGGCCCCAGUGGGGGAUCCCCCCGAGGCUAACGCUGGCCCUGCUCCCCGAGCCCCAGGAACCCCCAUGAGCACGAGGCGGCCCAGGCCCCGGUAGCGGGGGCGGAGGUCGGGGGCCCUCCCGCGCGUCCGUCCAUCCGUCCACCAUGGCGGCCGUCUGGCCCCACCUGCACCGUGCCGCCAAGAUGAUGACCAAGAGGAAAGUCCUGCUCCUGGUGCUGGGCUGCAGCAUCCUCAGCCUGCUCAUUCAUCAGGGGGUGCACCUCAGCUGGUCCCCGAAGGCCCUCCGCGGCGUCUGCCCCCCGCCCCGCGGCUCGCCCCCGCGGCCCAAGCACACGGCGGUGGCCUUCCUGAAGACCCACAAGACGGCGGGGACGACGGUGCAGAACAUCCUGUUCCGCUUCGCCGAGCGGCACAACCUGACGGUGGCCCUGCCCCACCCGAGCUGCGACCACCAGUUCUGCUACCCGCGCAGCUUCUCCGCCCGCUUCGUGCACCCGGCCACCGUGCCGGCGCGGGUGCUGGCCAGCCACCUGCGGUUCAACGGGCCGGAGCUGCGCCGCCUCCUGCCCAACGACACGGUCUACGUGACCAUCGUGCGGGAGCCGGGCGCCAUGCUGGAGUCGCUGUUCAGCUACUACAACCGGUACUGCCCGGCCUUCCGCCGGGUGCCCAACGCCUCCCUGGAGGCCUUCCUGCGGGAGCCCGGGGCCUACUACCGGCCCGGGGAGCGCUACGCCAUGUACGCCCACAACACGCUGGUCUACGACCUCGGGGGCGACAACGACCGCAGCCCCCGGGAGCCCGGCUACCUGGCGGGCCUGAUCCGGGCGGCGGAGGAGGUGUUCUCGCUGGUGAUGAUCGCCGAGUACUUCGACGAGUCGCUGGUCCUCCUGCGCCGCCUGCUCGCCUGGGACCUGGAGGACGUGCUGUACGCCAAGCUCAACGUGCGCAGCCCGGGCUCCCGGCGCCGCGUGGCCCCCGGGGCCCUGGCCCGGGCCGCCCGGGCCUGGAACGGGCUGGACGCGGGCCUCUACGACCACUUCAACGCCACUUUCUGGCGCCGCGUGGCCCGGGCCGGCCGGGCCUGCGUGGAGCGGGAGGCCCGCCAGCUGCGGGAGGCCCGCGAGCGGCUGCUGUGGCGCUGCUCCGGGGGCCGGCCCCCCCGGCUCCGGCCCGCCGCCGAGAUCCGCAACCGGGACCUGCGGCCCUGGCAGCCCGGCGGCCAGGUGGGCAUCGUCGGCUACGACCUGCCCGCCGACGGGCUGGGGCCCGGCGGCGAGGGCUGCCUCAAGCUGGCCAUGCCCGAGGUCCAGUACUCCCGCUACCUGCUGCGCAAGCAGAGCCGCCGGGGCCGCGCCCGGCGGCGGGGCCCCGGGCCCCGGCUCCCCGACGGCGACGGCGACGGCGGCGACGGCGGCGACGGCGACGGCGACGGGGUCUGA